AUGAAUUAAAACACUUAAGCAACAGAGUAAUUAGUACAUGCUGGAAAAUGGUUACAUUUUAAACUUCUUCUAUUUAAUAUUAAUGAUAGAUAAAAGAUUUGGGAAUACACAGAAAAACCACCUGGUUAUAGAGGAGGAGUAAGAGUAAUACCAAUAGUAAGAUACAAGAAUAAACCGAGUAAAAUAAUCAUAGUUGCUAAUUUCAGACCACCAAUUCGUAAAUAUUGUUUAGAAUUUCCUGGAGGAUUGAUAGAUAAAGAAGGAACCCCUUAAGAAAAUGGAAUUAGAGAAUUAAAAGAAGAAACAGGAUAUAUAGCUACAUUAAAUAAUUACCAACAUAAAGAUGUUAUUACUAGAACAGAUCCUUGGAAAUCAAAUGAAUAUUGUUAUAAUUACAUAGUUGAUAUUGAUGGUGAUUCAGAAUUUAAUUAAAAACCUUAAUAAAGUUUAGAUUUGGAAGAAAAUAUUUUAGUGUAUGAAUUAUCACUGGGUAAGAGUCUGGCUGAAGAAUUAUAAUAAUUAUAGAAAGACAAAGAUUAUGAAAUAUCUGGAUAAGUUUGGCUAUUCGCAUUAGGGUAAUAAUUUACAAAUAUUUGA